AUUUAAAAUAUGGCCUCCGUUUAUAAACAGUUUUGCAAAUGAGCGAAUUUAAAUCUCUAAACAAACACAGUUUUAUCCUUGUUUGUGGAAACUCUGUUUAUAACCACGCUUACAGCAAGAUCAUUUGAUAAUUAUGGAGGGAUUAUCGCCUCAAAUUUUACUGCUCCAAGAAUCGAAAAGAGGGGAACAAUUUCAUUUGACAGCAGCAAAUGAGCAAUUUUCUGACUGGCUGAAUGUUGACCCGUAUUUAGAGGAAGAAAAACCUUCUAUUAAUACUGUUAAACGUCAAGUUUCUUCAAGUAUUACAAACAAAAGCUCAAGUCUAAAUUACCGUCGGUAUUCACCUUGUUCAAAUUGGACGAAAAGUUUAAAAAAAUUGGACAUGAAGUUCGAACAUUUUACAGAUUCGUCGUGUUAUAUUGAGCAAUAUAGGCGUGCAAAACAGUUCAGAAUUGAAGAAAAGUUUGCAAAAUUAAUGCAGUUAAAAGAAAAAACAGUAAGCUGUCAAAAUGAGAGCAGUUUUGCAGCCAGAAAUCUUCAAAAUUCAGAGUUUGCUACAAAGCAAGACAGCGUCUAUCCCAAGAAAGGGCAGCUUAGCCUGCAUGAUGGUGUCAGGCAAUCUGGUAAUCCAGUGAAACCAUCGUUGCCACAGACCGGGUACUUUGCUGGAAGAAAGUGGGUAUAUCCGAAGGAUUUUGCUCGGGUAUACAGUAAAAACAUUGGAGUAAAAUGGUAUGCUAUAUUAUGGUUUUUGCUUGCCAUUGGAAAGCUUGCAGGGCUUUGUCAACGUGCAAGAUUUGUAGUGCACUUCACUUGGUCGAAACUGAAUAUUAGAGAAGAUGAAUAAUCCAAGUGACAAUAUAUAUGCAGGGUUGGAUUUAUAGGGGGGUGCACAGGGCCUUAGUCAUCAGAGGUGCAAAGGGGGUGGGAAAAAGUCAAAUUCAGAAAUAUGGCACAAUUUCCAAGGUUUUUCCUUUUUUUGAAGUCAAUGCCCAUAUUGCAGGAAAUGGCAUUUCUAGGGUUACAAUUUUCAAAAUUUUCCAAGGGGGCAUACCCCUUGACCCCUUAGGGAACUUGCCCCUUCUGCGCUCAAGUCGUUAGGAAGCCAGUUCACUUGAAUGAUCUCCCACCACCCCCUAAAUAAUUAUAAAGAAACACUCAGCUGCUCACCUAGCACCCCCCUAGAAAAAUCCACCCCUGAUAUAUGUGUGAAUGGUUCAAGUAAAAACGAAACGUUAUGGACAGCAUACUAAGAAUGACAUUUUUACUAUUUCAUAACCAACAUAAUGUCAACUAAUACAUAUGUUAAAAAAGUCAUUUUGUGUGCAUAAUGUUUUGUUUUUACUUGAGACACUCGCAUAUACACUUUAUACCUAACCAGGAACGGUUGCAAAAAUGCAACUCUAGGUUCUCUGGCAGGAAUUGAACUUGAAGCAAUACGAUUCUGGUGCUGUGCCCUAGCCAUCUGAGCUACAGAGAGGCCAGUUGGUGAGCAUUAACUAUACGUUCAUGUACAUGUAUGUAGUAGUACAUCCUACAAUCCUGGACAAAACAUCUGUGAAAUUUCCUAUUUUUUGUACAUCCUACAAUCCUGGACAAAACAUCUGUGACAUUUCCUAUUUUUUGCAAAAAUUUUGUAAUAUCGCAAAUUUAGAAAAAUCCUGACCAUUACCCCCUGCCAUUCAAUGUUGAUUGCACUCCCAGAAUAUGGGUCUAAACCAAUUGUAAUAUGUCCAACUUUUUUUUUGGUGGGGGGUGGGGUGGAGGGGGGAAAUGAGAAAAUUAGUCCAGUCAAAAAAGCCACAGAAGAAUGUUUUAAUAGAUUGAUUUUGUCUGGAUUUUGCCCGAUUUUAGCUUCCAGAAAUGUCUGAAAAAAGGUUUAAAAUGAAUAUUCUCUUGUAUACUUGCAGCGGAAGCUCAAGAACAGAGGUAAAGAGAACAGACAAACCGGUAAUGAUGAUAUAAUUUUUAAAAUUUGCAAGUAUAUAAAAUGUACAAGAUUCUCCCCUUGAUGAGUAAAAUUGUCUGGAGUUAGGCAUAGUAAAAUAGUAAUGUAGGGUGCAUUGGGGCAUAUUGCAGCAUAAUGAGGUGAUAUUUACCCCAUGUCCCUACCAUUCCAUCAUGUAACUGAGCACAAGUUAUAUUACCUUGUCUAGGUACACAACACUUCAACAAAAAUGUUUCUACAAGGCACAGGUAAGCCUCUAAACAUUUCGUCUAACAAAAACUGGACUGUACCUCGGCACAGAACUGCCUGCAAAUCCGCACCGACCAGCCGACAGAACCAACCAAAACAUACCCAAUCUGGUAUAUGGAACACUACACAGGUCAAACCUAUGAAAUCGCCUGUUCGGAGCGAGACGUUAACUUGUGCAGAUCUGAGUGUUUUGUUACAGAACCAUUCGAUAACUCAACCUAAAUCGUCUUUACGAACUGCGCCAGUCAGCCAUGCUUAUGAACGUGUGAAAAGUCCUAAAAAAUCUGUUGAUUCGAAAAAUGUUGGGGACAGAGUAGAAUAUGAAAACAUAUUUAGAAGUGUUUUUGAUUUCUAUGAACAGAAUUCUGACUCAAGGUCUCAUGUAUAUAUCAACACAUAAGAAUUUAAUAAAGUAUUAUGUAUAUACUGUACAGCGAUUUAAAAAGUAAUCGAAGAAAAUGUUUUUGAAAUAUUAUCUAUGAGAGUUAAUUUAGUGA